AUGGAUCAACCCUCGAUGGCUGAAAAGGCUCAAAGUGAGGCAGACACUGAUGACUCGGCCAUGGUGGAGUCCACCGCCAUCACCAAAGGGUGUCCCCUCCCCAUGGUGAGUCCCACCAUCAUGGCAUAUCCCCUCAUCGUGGUGGAUCUCAAGACUUCCAUGACAAUGCCUUCUCCCGCCAUUCCCACCGCUCCCACCAUUCCCACCACUCCCCCGACCACGGUGAGGCCCACCAUCAUGGUGGAGCCCACCACUCCUCACCCCUCUUCCCGGAUACUUCCCGUGGCACUUUCAUAUCCCACCAUUCUUAUGGUGAGGACCACUUUGAUGAUGAGCACCACCACGGUAGCAAGAGACAUCAUGGGAGGCCCCACCAACACAGGGAGUCCUACCACCAUGGGGGGCCCCACCAACAUAGGGAGUCCCACCACCAUGGUGGGUUUCACCACCACAGUGAGGUUUCCCACCAUAGUGGGCUUUAUCACCAAGGUGAGCCUUACUACCAUAGAGACUUCUCCCACUCUGGUAGCCCUGCCCAACACAGUGAGGCCCAUCACCAUGGCGGGCACCAUCAUCAUGAAGCCCGUCACCACAGAAGGCCUGCCCCCAUGGGGUCCUACCGCCAUGACGGGCACCUCCACGGCCACCGUGCCGAGCACCUCCACGGAGAGCACCAGCACGGCGCGCAUCCUCGUGAUUACCUCCUCCGAGAUCACCGCUAUGGUAGCCCCCCAACCUAGCAAGCCAGACAGACAGAGCUCGGCCUUCAGCUUGGCUCGUUCCCUGAACACAGUGCACUCACACCCUGCCCAGACCUCCAGCAAAGUCCAUCCUCAGGGCUCCUCCUCUAAAACCUCGGAAAGCUGGCCCGAAGAAGACGAGCAGAUUCAGAAGCGCAAAACUGGCCGAGCCCCACGAACCCACAAGAAGCUGCACACUGUGGACCUCUUCUAUUCGUUGCGGGAAAAAUUAAGCCACCUCAUUUGGGGCCUUUCGAGAAUGCUCAGGAAACUGACUGACUCCCUGGCCUUUGAAGCCUUCAUCGUCUUCAUCGUCUGCCUCAACACCAUCAUGCUCGUGGCCCAGACCUUCGCUGAAGUCGAGGUCCGGGGUGAGUGGUACUUCAUGGCCUUGGACUCCGUCUUCCUCUGCAUCUACGUGGUGGAAGCUGUGCUCAAAAUCAUUGCUCUGGGCCUCAAGUAUUUUUUGGACCCCUGGAAUAACCUGGAUUUCUUCAUCAUGGUCACGGCUGUGCUGGACUUCAUGCUCAUGCAGGUCAACUCUUUCUCCAUGCGCAUGGUCUACAACCAAAGCAUCUUCCGCAUCUUCAAGGUCUUCAAGAGCCUGCGAGCCUUGCGAGCUAUCCGGGUCCUGCGGAGGCUCAGCUUCCUGACCAGCCUCCAGGAAGUGACCGGGACCCUGGCCCGGUCCUUGCCGUCCAUCACCGCCAUCCUCAUCCUCAUGUUCACCUGUCUCUUCCUGUUCUCUGUGGUGCUCCGGGCACUGUUCCGCUACUCUGACCCCAAGCGCUUCCAGAACAUCUUCACCACCAUCUUCACCCUCUUCACCUUGCUCACCCUGGACGACUGGUCCCUCAUCUACCUGGACAGCCGAGCCCAGGGCGCCUGGUACAUCAUCCCCAUUCUCAUGAUAUAUAUCAUCAUCCAGUACUUCAUCUUCCUCAACCUGGUGAUUGCCGUCCUGGUGGAUAACUUCCAGAUGGCCCUGCUCAAAGGCCUGGAGAAAGUGAAGCAGGAGAAGGCCUCCCAGAUCCAUGAGAAGCUACUGGAUGACUCACUGACAGAGCUCAUCGAAGCAGAGCCUAAAGAGGUGAUAAGUGGACACACCAUACAGAAGCAGCUCAUUGAGAACAAAUUCGGAGCCAUGACUGAGAAGCAGCGGGAGCUCCUGUUCCACUUCCUGCAGCUGGUGUCCGGGGUGGAGCAUUUCCAGCAGAAAUUCCGCUCCCAGGCAGCUGUCAUCGAUGAGAUUGUGGACACCGCAUUUGAGGCUGGAGAAGAGGACUUCAGGAAGUGAUCCCCAGAGUGGCAGCCCGAGUCCAGACUUCAGCCUCUGGCAGGCUCUCCCCCGGGUCGGGCCAAGUCCCCAUCUCUGCUGGAAAGAUCACUGGGCCUGCAGGGC